AAGAUGGAAGUGUCUUCUGGAAAACUUGCCAAGUUUGCUGAUGGAUCUGCUGUUGUUCAGCUGGGGGACACAGCAGUCAUGGUCACAGCAGUCAGCAAAACGAAGCCCUCUGCCUCCCAGUUCAUGCCAUUAGUGGUUGACUAUCGUCAGAAAGCUGCUGCAGCAGGAAGAAUCCCUACAAACUACCUGAGAAGAGAACUUGGCUCCACUGAUAAGGAAAUUCUUACAAGCAGAGUAAUAGAUCGAUCCAUCAGACCCCUCUUUCCAGCAGGCUACUUCUAUGACACUCAGAUCCUUUGUAAUCUUUUAGCAGUAGAUGGUGUCAAUGAUCCUGAUGUCCUGGCAAUUAAUGGAGCUUCUGCAGCACUUGCCUUGUCUGAUAUCCCAUGGAAUGGUCCCAUUGGUGCAGUGAGGGUGGGAUUGGUGGAUGGAGAAACUAUCAUCAAUCCAACUCGGAAGCAGAUGUCAUCCAGUGCUUUAAAUUUAGUUGUGGCUGCAGCUCCACAAAAUCAAGUUGUCAUGUUGGAAGCAACUGCUGAGAACAUAUUACAGCAAGACUUCUGUCAUGCCAUCAAAGUUGGGGUGAAGCACACCCAGCAGAUCAUCCAGGGAAUUCAACAGCUAGUGAAAGAACAAGGAGUUGUCAAGAGGACUGUUCCAAAGUUAUUUACUGCUCCUGGAGAGAUUGUGGAAUAUGCAAAGAAACUUGCUUCUGACAAGAUCUAUGCAGUGUUCACAGAUUCUAGCCAUGAUAAAAUUUCUAGAGAUGAAGCCAUUAACAAAAUAAGGCUUGAAACAGAAGAACAGCUGAAAGAAAAAUUUCCAGAGGCUGAGCCUUAUGAAAUCAUGGAAUCUUUCACUGUGGUUUCAAAGGAUAUUUUUAGAAAUCUUGUCCUGAAUGAAUAUAGAAGGUGUGAUGGGAGAGAUUUGACUUCCCUCAGAGAUAUUAAAUGUGAAGUGAACAUGUUUAAAAUGCUGCAUGGAUCAGCCUUAUUUCAGAGAGGUCAAACACAGGUUCUGUGUACAGUUACCUUUGACUCCCUAGAAUCAAGUGUAAAAUCAGAUGUCAUCUCAACAGCAGUGAGUGGGAUAAAAGAUAAAAACUUCAUGCUGCAUUAUGAGUUUCCACCUUAUGCAACUAAUGAGAUUGGCAAAGUUACUGGUAUGAACAGAAGAGAGCUUGGGCAUGGUGCCCUGGCAGAAAGAGCUUUGAAACCAGUUAUUCCCCAGGAUUUCCCAUUCACAAUACGAGUUACUUCUGAAGUCUUGGAGUCAAAUGGGUCAUCUUCCAUGGCUUCUGCAUGUGGUGGAAGUUUGGCAUUAAUGGAUGCAGGAGUUCCAGUAUCAAGUGCAGUGGCAGGGGUAGCAAUAGGUCUCAUCACCAAAAGCAAUCUGGAGAAGAGAGACAUUGAGGACUAUCGCUUGCUGACAGACAUCCUGGGCAUUGAAGAUUACUAUGGUGACAUGGAUUUCAAGAUGGCAGGUACUAACAAAGGAGUAACUGCCCUGCAGGUUGAUCUAAAACUGCCAGGAAUACCAAUCAAAAUUGUAAUGGAAGCUAUUCAGCAAGCUACAGCUGCAAAGAGGGAGAUUUUGCAAAUUAUGAACCAAACUCUGGCCAAACCCAGACCUAACAGAAAGGAAAGUGGACCAGUUGUAGAAACUAUCCAUGUUCCAUUAUCAAAGAGAUUAAGAUUUGUUGGUCCUGGGGCCUAUAAUUUGAAAAAACUUCAAGCACAGACUGGUGUGACAGUGAGCCAGCUGGAUGAGGAGACAUAUUCUGUGUUUGCCCCCACACCCAGUGCUAUGCACGAGGCAAGAGAAUUCAUCCAUGACAUCUGCAAAGAUGAUCAGGAAGUUAAUUUGGAAUUUGGUGCAGUUUAUACAGCCACAAUAACUGAAAUAAGAGACUCUGGAGUGAUGGUAAAACUGUAUCCAAAUAUGACACCAGUGUUACUUCAUAAUUCCCAGCUUGAUCAAAGAAAGAUAAAACAUCCUAGUGCCUUGGGAUUAGAAGUUGGACAAGAAAUUCAGGUGAAAUACUUUGGACGUGAUCCCACUGAUGGCAGGAUGAGGCUCUCACGGAAAAUCCUGCAGUCACCAGCCACCACUGUGCUGAAAACCCUGACUGACAAAAACAGCAUUGUCCUGGGGGGUGCCCUGCCACAGUCAUCUCCUUCAUCCCAGUGACAGGUAAGGAGACUUC